CAAUCUCGAGAGGGACAUAAGCUAGAGUAGCUCGUCAAGGAUGAGCUGUGCUCAUUUAGUGCGUCCCAGGUCGCCGGCACGAGAGUUCUUUACGCCAUAAAGUUAGAUUCGGACUGAAAUUCGCAGCCAGAAUAACAAGAGCAUCGCAAUCGGCGCAAACUGAAAAUGCUUGCCUCACUCCAGGGUUACGCGGACGCGGUGCGGGGCAAGUUUAGAUCGCAGAAGGAGGUGUUGCAGAAGAGCUUCACGGAGAACUCGCUUUGGGGAAACAAAAACAGCAACAGCCGUAAUUUCACCACCGCAGCGCCGUCGUACCCAAUCACAGCGGAGUGCUUCGUCGGACCACGCGGCAAGGUGUGCGGUGGCGGGGAAGAGCAGGCAGAUACCUGCGUGGGCAAGGUGACCUUCGUACAACCGAGCGAAGACAUCUGCAACAUAGCAUGGGACCUGACGGGAUGCGGGAAGGAGGGAGAGCACGGCUUCCACAUUCACGAAAAGGCCGACUUUUCCAACGGCUGCGACUCGGCCGGGCCGCAUUACAAUCCCUUCGGUAAUACACGAAGAAAUAUACAGAGUUGGAGUAGCAACAAGUUGUAACAGCACUCUAUUGGACUGGUGUACGGUCAUAGAAAUAGUCAUGUAGCAGGUGCUGAUGUUGCGCGUUGCUCCCUGUAGGUGCACAGAUGUGACUGGCCACAUGAUCCGCCCCUGCUAGAGCUAUAAAACUGUUGACCAUUUUGGCAAUUUGUUAGCUUUGCAAAGUGUUGAAUUUUCUGUACCAGGCAAAACGCAUGGCGGUCCGCAGGACGAAGAGCGACACGUUGGGGACAUGGGGAACAUCAUCGUCGACAAAAGUGGCAGUUCGACGGGGACUCUCUCGGACCAUUUAAUCAAGCUAACGGGGGAAUACAGGUAUGAAUUGCUGCGUCGCUAAGCGGCCCUGAACUUUUUUUCGCUGCAAAAUGACACUCGGAUUACAUGGAGCAAUAGGAACGCGGUGCGUCAUUUCAAACCUCUGCUUCAUAACCUUAACCGCAGCGUCAUCGGCCGGUCCGAUAUUGAAGGGAAAACAGCCGCUCGUUAACAGGUUGGCAUGCUACUUUCUUAUUACAUAUAUAAAUAUAACCACACCUUGCGAGCCUCCUCGUGGUCUGCUUCAUUGUUCUGUGAUGUUCUGCUCCUCAGUUAAAAGCGGAACAUAAGUGCGAUCAUGAUCCAAUAUACCAUUCUGCGCGUGCGGCUCACCGAAGAGGAGUUCAGCCUUGCGGCAUUCACUCAUUGCGGCAUUCACAGUCCAUGAACCUGGAGCGUGCAGCUGCGUUCUUCGUUUGCAUACUCGUUAUGGUGCACGCGGAUCCGGACGAUCUCGGUCGUGGCGACAAUAGCGAAACAGGCGUCAACGAUAUCCAAUGGAGUUUCUUUCGUCAGAAAUACUGCGCAGAACUAAUGCAUGCGCGAGGGUGUACUUGUAGUUGAAGAGACAUGCAGUUGGGUUUGAUGUUUGACGGGUGCAAAUAGGACGCAGCUCGCUGUAGCUGCUUCCGUCGAAGAGCUUUUUGAUCACCAGACAGACAGGAGACACUGCUGCAUGAAGAAAUAUCCUGCAGUGUUCAAAGUCGGUCUUCGGAUUCGGAACAUCUUUUUUGAAGCGCAUAGGCAAAUUGUGAUUGCUUGGCAGAAGUAAGCAACAGAAACAUAAAUCAGACUGGCACGGCCGGGAUUUCCUGAUGAAGGAAGUUUUCUUUUGGAUAAUCGGCAAGACGUCGAAAACAACCGGAAAUGCGGGGGCGCGCAUAGCGUGUGGUGAAAGUAUGCAGUCGCAACGAUCGGCGGUCGCAAAUCAAGCGGGGCCGAUUCCAAAUUGAAAUUCUUGCAUGAUUUGAGAAACUUGCUUCCACUUACGAAGUAACGCGUCGGCGUGGCUGGUAAAAAGAGAGCAUUUGUUUUGAUAUUUUUGCCGCGCAAACAAAGGGGGCCACGGAGUUCAAAAUCCGGGCUUGAUUUUCGUUUUUGGGCUUCAUAAAGAUCGUUCUCGCCUGACCCCGGGCACGGCAUCGAAUGUAUCUUCGGUACGGGCGGACCAGACGCUAAAACGUCUUCGUUGGAGAAGGAGAGAGCGUAGCACGACAGGUAUUAGUAUGAAUAGGAAUAGCAGGAACUAUGCUGGCAACAGCACCACAUUCAAACGUCCUAAACAGGUCGUAAGCACACAAAGAAUAACAAGGAUCUGUCCAAUAGCAAUAUUCGUCGCGACAUGUCGUGAUCGACCACUGAAGACGCAGAUACAAAACUGUCGC